AUGGAAGAAUUAGAAAGUCUCAAAAACUCAUCUAGUGGUGUGAGACCUCUGGAUCCUACAUAUGAUAGAGUUAUGGAUAGCAUCUACAGUCAACCCCAGAAUUGUGUUGAAUUAGCACUCAGGUCGCUUUCCUGGCUCACAAAGGCUCAAAGAACACUAAGUUUUGAAGAAUUUCAGCAAGCAAUAUCUGUGGAACCAGACCAAUAUCACUUAGACCAGGCGGAUCAGCUGGUAGAAAAAGCCACAAUUCUAGCUAUCUAUGGUAGUCUAGUUAUUAUAGACGAGGAUACCAAUACUGUCCGAUUGGCCCAUUACACUGUCCAGGAGUACCUACUACGCAAUAAGCAACCGCCCGAUGCAGACUUCAGAGUAGCGAUAGCCUGCACCACCUAUAUAUCUUUCGAUUUCUUUAGUACAUGUACAAUGGAUACCGAUUAUUGGGAGUUGGUGAGGUGGUUCCCGCUCCUUAGAUAUAUCGGAAUGAAUCUUGCGUAUUUAGAGUCGCGCGAGCAGGUCUUAACAUUAACUACUGUUCUCAAGUUUCUUCUAAAUGAAGGUAGCAAGCAUAUAUAUCUACGAUCACAGUUUCAUAGUCGUACUAAUACACCCGCGGUUAAUAUCGUAUAUAAGCUACGACACUAUUUAGCGGUAAAGUAUUUAAUUGAGAAUUCGGACAGGACCGACAUCUCGGCCAAAGACCGCAAUGAGAACACAAAGCUUCACGAUGCCAUAAAUGAAGAGACCAGUGAUCAUAUUAUCCAGUUUCUCUUUGAGAAGGGCGUGGACCCUUCGAUUAUAGGCACAUUUGGAUUCACAGCACUUCACCGGGCCAUAAAUAAGAACAGCAGUGAACGCAUUAUCCAGCUCCUUCUUGAGACGGAUCCUUCGAUCCAAAACAAAAAGGGAUCCGCAGUACUUCAUAUGGCCAUCAAGUGCGAGAGAAGCGAUCAUAUUAUCCAGCUCCUUCUUGAGAAGGGCGCGGAUACUUCGAUUCAAAACGAAGAUGCAUCCACGGUACUUCACUGUGCCAUAAAGGAGAAUAGCAGUGAACGCAUUAUCAAGCCCCUUCUUGGGAAGGGCGCGGACCCUUCGAUUGAAAACCGCCGUGACGGAGAAACAGCACUUCACAGUACCAUAACCUACAGACGCAGUGAUCAUAUUAUCCAGCUCCUUCUUGAAAAUGGUGCGGAUCCUUCGGUUAAAAAUAGAUGUGGGCUGGCAGCACUUCACCAGGCCAUGGUGUGUGCAAUCGUUGAGCGCAGUGAACGCAGUGAAACCAUUAUCCAACUCCUUGAGAAAUAUAUGGAUCCUUCGAUUAAAGACAAACAUGGACAAAUAUCAUUUCAUGACGCCAUACGGUGUAGACAUGAGAAUGCUAUCCAACUAUUCCUUGAUAAUGGCGUAGACAUCUCUAUUCGAGACAGUUAUGGUCGUACACCGCUUCAUGUUACAGUCGAAAACUUUUGGUACCCCAAUACCGUUACAAUAGAUAGUAUACUCAAAACGCUUCUCAGGCAUGGAGCGAACCCACUAGAUACCGACAACGCUGGAAAGACUCCCCUCGAGUACGCAGAUGACAGCAUCCGGUUUUGUGUUGCCUUCAUCAUGAGGGAAGAGAUAUCUAAAAGAGAUGGCCACGUUCCAGAAAUAUUGAUACGCCAUACGGACGGUCCCAUGGCCCAGCGCCGCCGAAGCCAGAAAAAAACGUUUAAGGACCGAUAA